AUGGCUGAACACCAAGAAGAUAUUGCCGACCGAACUACAACGACCGUGAUACAAGACAAGGAUGAGGAAAAAUAUGCUGCCGCUGUGGAUACCCUGAAGGGCGCUCAAAGAGCAACGGACGAUGAACACGGCAUGACCCUGCGAGAGGGUAUUCGCAAAUAUCCUAAUGCCGUGUUCUGGUCCGUAUUAUUCUCGAUGGCGCUUAUAAUGGAGGGAUUCGACCACGCAUUCGUCAGCGGCUUCUUCGCAUUCCCAGCCUUCCAGAAACGAUAUGGUACACUACAAAGCGAUGGAUCCUACCAGAUCCCCGCCACUCUCCAGUCUGGUAUAAGCAAUGGUGUCAAUGCCGGAGAAAUUAUUGGUCUGUUGAUCAAUGGUCUCGUGGCUGACUGGAUCGGCUACCGGUGGGUCAUGAUGGUCUGUCUUACCCUCAUGACUGCUUUUAUCUUCCUUCAAUUCUUUGCCACCAGUAUCUAUAUGUACAUGGGCGCAGAGAUCUUGUUGGGAGUACCAUGGGGUGUCUUCCAGACCCUGUCUACCACAUACGCCGCCGAAGUGUGCCCUAAUGUCUUGCGACCAUACCUCACAAUGCUGGUUUCGCUAUGCUGGAGCAUCGGUUACCUUCUGGGUACCGGUGUUCUUCGUGCUUUUCUAUCAUCGACUGGGCAGUGGGCUUACCGGAUCCCAUUUGCUCUUCAAUGGGCCCUGCCUCUCCCACUUGCGAUCGGAAUUUUCUUCGCCCCCGAGUCACCAUGGUGGCUUAUGCGCAAAGGUCGUAUUGAGGAUGUGCGUAAAGCCCUAUACCGCCUGCGGGCUAAGGAUAGCUCGGAAGCUGAAGUCGAAGACACAAUUGCGAUGAUGGAGCACACCAUCAAGAUCGAGAAUGAAAUGAAGGCAUCGAGCACCUACUGGGAUCUCUUCAAGGGUGAGAACCUGCGACGCACUGAGAUCACCGUCUUCGUCUAUCUCAUUCAAGAACUCUGCGCUCCCUUGGUUUCUUACAUUGUGUACUUCUUGGAGCAAGCUGGUCUUGCCUCCGCCGCUUCGUUCGACUUCGGUAUGGGGGAGUACGCUUUGGCUAUCAUCGGUGUUUUCAUCGCAUGGUUCCUAGUCCCCAAGGUUGGCCGCCGCACGUUGUUAUUGUCUGGCACGGGAUUCUUGACCUUGACUACAUUCCUCAUCGGCUUUUUAGGUAUUCCGAGCAUCUCUACCCACCCUAACAUCGGCUAUGGAAUUGGUAGCAUCCUCUUGAUUCAAUAUUUUGUUCUUUUCAUCACCAUCGGUCCCAUUAUCUAUACGAUCGUGACUGAAAUCCCCUCCAACUUCCUUCGCACCAAGAGCGUCGCUCUCGCGCGUGCGGUAUAUAACAUUGGUGUUCUUGUCUAUGGCCAGCUUGUUCCGCAUAUGGUUCAAAAAGCGGCUUGGGACUGGGGAGCCAAGAGUGGAUUUUUCUGUGGAGGCAUCAUGGCCAUCGGUUUCGUUUGGGCCUAUUUCCGUCUUCCUGAGACCAAGAACCGAACUUUUGCUGAGAUGGAUAUUAUGUUCAAGAACAAGGUCCCUGCUAGGGAGUUCAAAAAGACCAAGGUGGAUCUCGCAUCUGAGACUGUGUCGCAAGAGUGA